AAAAGUGAUUGGUCUAUGGAUCGUCCUACAGGGUUUAAUGCUGGAGACUCCUCACCUCUACACAGUAAACUCCAGGGAGAGAGAUCAGAAUCAGCAGCACCCAGCUGUGUCUCCAUGAAGAGUGAUUGGUCUAUGGAUCGUCCUACAGGGUUUAAUGCUGGAGACUCCUCACCUCUACACAGUGAUCUCCAGAAGGCAGGAGACAGAAUAGCAGGGAGGAUCAUCACAGAUACAGGGCACGACCCAGAAUCUGCUGGUGUCAAUGAAUUUCAGGCCAAGUUCAAAUUAAAUCUGAUGAAGCAGUUUCAGUUCUUGAAUGGAGUGAUAAUAAACCUGGGAACCCAAACACUCCUGAAUGAGAUCUACACAGAGCUCUACAUCACAGAGGGAGACAGUGGAGACGUCAAUAAUGAACAUGAGGUGAGACUGAUCGAAGCAGCGUCCAAGAGAACAACAACAGAGGAAACACCAAUUAAAUGCAAUGACAUCUUUAAGCCCUUAUCUGAACAAGACGAACCCAUCAGAACUGUGCUGACAAAGGGAGUUGCUGGCAUCGGAAAAACUGUCUCUGUGCAGAAGUUCAUUGUGGACUGGGCUGAAGGGAAAGCAAAUCAGGACGUCCACCUCAUAUUUCCACUUCCUUUCAGAGAGCUGAAUUUGAUAAAGGACCAGAAACUGAGUCUGAUGGAGCUCCUUCAUGUCUGUUUUAAAGACACAAAAGGAACAGAAAUGUCCAACAGAAAGGUUCUGUUAAUUUUUGAUGGAUUGGACGAGUGUCGUUUUCCUCUAGAUUUCCAGAACACAGUGAGAGUGUGUGAUGUAACUAAAUCAGUUUCAGUGCCUGUGCUGCUGAUAAACCUGAUCAAAGGGAAUCUGCUACCCUCUGCUUUCAUCUGGAUCACCUCCCGACCUGCAGCAGCUGAUCAAAUCCCCUCUGAGUGUGUCCAUCGAGUCACAGAGGUACGAGGGUUCAAUGACCCACAAAAGGAGGAGUACUUCAGGAAGAGGAUCAGUGAUCAGAGCCUGGCCAAUAACAUCAUCACACACCUGAAGUCAUUAAGAAGCCUCUACAUCAUGUGUCACAUCCCAGUCUUCUGCUGGAUUUCAGCCGCUGUUCUAGAGAGAAUGUUGGGUGAAGCAGAGAGUGGAGAGAUUCCCAAGACUUUGACUCAAAUGUACACACACUUCCUCAUCAUUCAGAUAAACAUCAUAAGAGAAAAGUACUCAAAGAAGCAGGAGAGUGAUCAAGAAAUGUUUCUUAAACUGGGACAACUGGCUUUUGAGCAGCUGGAGAAAGGGAACCUGAUCUUCUAUGAGGAAGACCUGAGAGAUUGUGGCAUUGAUGUGAGAGAAGCAGCAGUGUACUCAGGUGUGUGUACGCAGAUCUUUAGAGAAGAGUUUGGGCUUCACCAGAGUAAAGUGUACUGCUUUGUUCAUCUGAGCAUUCAGGAACAUCUCGCAGCUCUGUAUGUGCACCUGAUGUUCAGGAUAGACAAUAAAAAUGUUCUUAAAAAGAGUCAAGCUUCAACACAGAAGAAGGAAAAAAUUACUGUUUUAGAUGUACACAAGUCUGCUUUAGAUGAGGCUUUAAAAUGUCAGACUGGACAUCUGGAUCUUUUCCUUCGCUUUCUUCUGGGUCUCUCACUGGAGUCCAAUCAGAAACUUUUACAGGUCUUAGUAACACAGACAGGAAGUAGCUCCCAAAGCACAAAGGAAACAGUUCAGUACAUUAAGGGGAGGAUCAAUGAAGAUCUUCCUACAGAGAAAUCCAUCAAUCUGUUCCACUGUCUGAAUGAACUGGGUGAUAAUUCUCUAGAGGAGGAAAUCCAACACUACCUGAAAUCUGGAAGACAAAAUAAACUCUCUUCAUCACAGUGGUCUGCUCUGGUGUUUGUGUUACUGACAUCAGCACAGGAGCUCGUAGAGUUUGACCUGAAUAAAUAUUUCAGUCCAGAUAAGAUAACAGAUGAUGUUCCUCUGAAGCUGAUGCCUGUGAUUGCAGCAUCCAGAAAAGCAAUUAUCAAAUGUGAUAAAGUUGGAGUGAAAAGUUGUUCAGCUCUGGGCUCAGCACUCAAGUCAGAAACCUCCAAUCUGAGAGAACUGCAUCUGACUGUCAAAACACUGGAUCUGUUCUACAGAACACUAGGAGACUCAGGAGUAAAGACUCUCUCUGCUGUACUGGAGAAUCCUCACUGUAAAGUGGAAAGUCUGAGGUUGUGGGAUUGUGGUGUCUCAGAUGAAGGCUGUGCUGCUCUGACUUCAGCUCUGAGAUCAAACCCCUCACACCUGAGAGAACUGGAUCUGUCCUGGAAUAAAGUAGGAGACUCAGGAGUGAAGUAUCUUUGUGCUGUACUGGAGAAUCCUCACUGUAAACUGGAGACACUGAGGUUGCGUGGUUGUGGUGUCUCAGAUGAAGACUGUGCUGCUCUGACUUCAGCCCUGAGAUCAAAUCCCUCACACCUGAAAUACCUGAAUCUGUCUAAUAAUAAAGUAGGAGACUCCGGAGUGAAGUGUCUCUGUGCUGUACUGGAGAAUCCUCACUGUGAACUGGAGACACUGAGGUUGCGUGGCUGUGGUGUCUCAGAUGAAGACUGUGCUGCUCUGACUUCAGCUCUGAAAUCAAACCCAUCACACCUGAGAGAACUGGAUCUGUCUCAGAAUAAUGUAGGAGACUCAGGAGUGAAGUGUCUCUGUGCUGUACUGGAAAAUCCUCUCUGUAAACUGGAGAAACUGAGGUUGUGUGAGUGUGGUGUCUCAGAUAAGGGCUGCGCUGCUCUGACUUCAGCUCUGAGAUUAAACCCCUCACACCUGAGAAAACUGCAUCUGACUAAUAAUAAUGUAGGAGACUCAGGAGUGAAGUAUCUCUGUGCUGUACUGGAGAAUCCUCACUGUAAACUGGAGACACUGAGGUUGCGUAUUUGUGGUGUCUCAGAUGAAGGCUGUGCUGCUCUGACUUCAGUUCUAAGAUCAAACCCCUCACACCUGAGAGAACUGGAUCUGUCUAAUAAUAAAAUACAAGCCUCAGCAAAGAAGCUGCUCUCUGCUCUUAAGAAUGAUGAACAUUACAAUCUACAUAGUCUAAGGGUGUGAUGAACAUCUUUCUGAGAUGAAGACAAGUGGAGUGACACAAGUCAUCAAAUCUGCC